AUGGCUUAUUUUUGCUGUCAUGAUGAAUUUAACCGAAAACAACAAUUUGAGCAGCACAUUUAAUUUGAAAGCAAUGAAUGAGAAGCCUUUGGUGGUGCAGGUACUGGUGGGGAUUCUUCUCUAUGUAAACGGACUGAUGAUUUUCACUUUUUUGAAGAAAGAGGCCUUCAGGGAAACACGCUACAUUCUGUUUGCUCAGACUUUUGUUGACACUGCUCUUAUGCUGUUGAGUGAUUUAACCCUCAUGAUGUCAUUUUACCAGUACCCUGUGCAUAUAGUUCCUUGUUAUAUCGUCUGUACACUUAAGGGUUGGCUCUAUGUUUGUUCACCCAUGACUCUUGUCGCCAUGUGUUUGGAGCGCUAUGUAGCCAUAUGUAUGCCUUUAAGACAUUCUAGCAUCUCCACCCCUAAAAACACUUUUAUUGGGCUUCUCGUCAUAUGGAGUGUCAGUUUUGUCAUUCCAUUGUUUAUUUUAAUAGCCUCUUUUUCUUAUAUUCCUCCUGGUGUCUCUCACCAAUAUGUUGUGUGUAGUGUGGAGAUCAUGUUACAGGUCAAAUGGCUGGCAGACAUGAGAGCGAUUAGUCUGCAGCUCUUAUUCAUCAUGAUGUUUUGUAUUAUUGUCUUCACUUACUUCAAGAUUAUACUGGCGGCCAGAUCUGCCUCCUCCGAGAGGAAGAACUCCACAAAUAAGGGUCUCAAAACUGUAAUUCUCCAUGGUGUUCAGCUGCUUCUGUCUAUGAUGCAGCUUAUAACUCCUUACAUAGAUAUGCCUUUAUUGAAAGUAGAUUUCAUGCUAUUUGUAAAUGUAAGAUACUCAAAUUUCAUCUUGUUUUUGAUCUUGCCUCGUUGUUUGAGUCCCCUAGUUUAUGGAUUACGAGACAAAAAGUUUUAUAAUGCUCUUAAAUAUUAUGCCUUUUGUGGCAUUUUAGUUUGUAAUAAGCACAAAAUAAGAGAUGGUAACCUUAGAAGUGUAGUAAGCAUUUCCAUACACAACUAACCCAUUUGUGCCGAAAUUCUUCUGAAUCGUUUCAUGCAUAUAGUCAUGUUAAUAGUGUCCUAUGUGAACAUGUUCUGCAUUUAUUUACCACAGUUUUUUUUUCUUUCUUAAAACUCGUAUUUGAAUGUCCAGCAACUAUAGUGAGUAAAUAUGUUGUAUGUACCCCUUGAAUAUCAAAUUUGAAUAG